CUCCCCCAACUUAACUCCUGCCACACGCCACUACACUACGCUACACUACACUGCAAGCACUCCACCAACUCGACUGCAGGAGACAACCGGCCGAUCAUUCCAUCCAUCACGGCCAGGCCACCGCCGGCUCUCUAUCCAAAAUGCAGUCCGGCAUCUCAGUCUCCCAAGACCUCCACGAUGCCUUCAACACCUUCCUCUCCGACUCUUCAAUCUUCUGCCUCCCGGUAACCAUCAAAUCGGAAAGCCUGGCGCCCCUGGCGCCCCUCCGCUUCUCAACCCCUAACGCCUUCUACCCCUCCCUCUCGCAACUCUCCUCGGUCCUGGAACCAAAAACCCCUCUGUACCUCCUCCUCCGCCGUCCGUCGGAGACAACCGGCUCCUCGUCCCUCGUGGCCCUGACCUACAUCCCGUCGAACGCGGGCGUGCGUGCCAAGACGCUCUUUGCGGCGACCCGCGCCACCCUGGCCCGGGAGCUGGGGACGGAGAAGUUCGGGGCGACGGUGUUUGCGACUGAAGAGGAGGAGGUCCUGGGCGAGGCGGCGUGGAGAGAGCGGGAUAAUGAGAGGAAGGGGGGAGAGGAAGGCGGCGCGGGCGGGUUCCGGAGGGAGGAUCUGAUGGGUGAGAAGGAGAGGGAGUUGGAGGCUGUUAGGCGGGCGGAGGAGGAGGCCAGGAAUGGUACGCCGAGUAGGGAUAUUGGUAUUGGGGGGACGUUUGGAAGGGGCGGUGGGCUUGGGGGUGCGUCCGGGAUGAGGAUCCAGAUGCAUGUGGAUGAGGGGGUUAAGCACGCGCUUGAGGGGUUGCAGCAGGGUGGGCUGGUGCAGUUGGCCAUCGACGCCCCAACGGAGGCGUUCAAGGUCGCUGCCACCGAGUCCGGGGUCGAGCCCAACUCGGUCCAGGCACACAUCCCCCCGUCUUCCCCGCGGUACACGUUCUACCACUACCCCGACUCCGACGUGGUGAUCUUCAUAUAUACCUGCCCGUCGGGCUCGUCGAUCAAGGAGCGCAUGCUGUACGCCAGCUCUCGGAUGCACGCGCUCACCAUGGCGGGCGAGCAGGGGCUGAAGAUUUCUAAGAAGAUCGAGGCAUCCUCCCCCGACGAGAUCACGGGCGAGAGGCUGCAGGAGGAAGUGCACCCGCCGCAAGACAGCGGACCGAGUCGAGGCUUCGCGAGACCGAGACGGCCGGGCCGGUGA